AUGGCUGGGUCCCGAAGGAAUCCGCUGAUGAAAGACCAGUGGAGAGCCGACGACGACCACAAAGAGAGAGACGACCCACAUCCACAUCACAGAGAACGAGACAGAGAAAGAGACCGCGAACGGCCUGAGCGGCGUCCACGAUCACCGCCGGCCUCGCGUCGUGGGGCAGGCCGUGGCCACGAAAGAUCUAGAGGCCGUGGUGCUUCAUUCGCUAAUCAUAAUCAAUCGUCCCGUCGUCCCCAGACAGGCCGGAGGGGAGAUAAUAAGAAACACAUUAAUAGCAAUUAUACUAGUAAUAGGAACAGACGACUUUCUCCUUCCUCUCACAUUAGGGCUGCAGACACUGAACAGCGAGAUUCUACGCGUCAGCCAGAGGCUCAGGUAACUUCUCGGGCUGACCACAAAAAUUUACCACCACAGUCUCCUGCCCCGCCCCCCAAGCGGAAACGAAGUCGGAGCAUUUCGCCAUCUCGCCCUCAGCCGCACCCACGCCCCAAGCGGCGAGACGGUCGUAAUCGAGACCGCCCCGAGAGAGGCAGAGGUCGACCCAAUCGCAAUUUCUCCCCGAGGAGGGCCCCGAUUCCCCGUGGCAAGGAUUACCGACCGGCGGACCUUCGUUCUGAAGUCUCGACAUCCGACUACUUGCAGUCUCGCCGCAGGCGUUCCAGAUCCCGAGAUUCAUUCAUAGAAAGACGCAGCCUAUCCCCGCGUCGUGCUUCUCGGAGUCCUCCGCCUGGAAAGGACUACGUGGAUCAUUCCCCGCGCCCUUCAUCCCGUCACUCCUUAGUGUCAAGAGGCUCGCGGCAAUCACCACCGCCGAACUAUCGAAAAAGCACAGAAAUGCAAUCUACGCGUCCAAUCCAGUCUAUUGUGGAUGACCCACGCCGCUCUCCAUCCCCUCUUCGUCCCAUUCCUAGCUUCGAUGCUGGGAACCCGAAUCAAAAUACCGACAAUGAUGCUCGGAUACGGGAUACUUUUCAAAACCACAGUAUGCGUGGCUCACGCCGACCAUCUCGUCCACAGGUCGAUACACGCCAAUCUUACAAUACCUCGCCACAGUAUGUGACGCCCACGAGCUCCCGCCUUGGGUCCCCGCAAUCAGGGUCUCCGUACAGUGGUAGUAGGGGAUCGUGGACUGGCCAGCAGCCAUACCAUGGGCAGCAAGGACAAAUGGGCGGCUAUUCGCCACCUUAUAGACAGGCGACUUAUCCCCCUCCGCAGGGCGGGUCUCAGGGACAGUAUUACCAAGGCCAGCCGUAUUCCGCAAGCGCAGCCCACGGACAACCAGGAUACUCUAGUCAGACAUAUAGAGGUGGCCCUCCGGGAUAUCGGGGCACUCAAUAUAAUCAAACCCAGGAUCGUCGAUUUUCUGGACCAGGUUCGCAAUCAUAUGGGAACGCGCAGCCACAACCACAACCCCAAACACAAACCCAACAACAACAGCAACAACGGGGAAGAGGGAGCCAUUUUAACAAUCUGCAAUGGACUCCUUCCGGUGGACGUGGCCGCGGAGCACACGGACCUCCUGGGGGCUCGCUUCAACAUCCUCACCUUCCAGAUGAGCGCUUAUCGCCUGAAAUUGACGAAGAUGAUAACCCAUUCCGCCCAUCCAAGGAUUUACAGGUGGAAGACGAAGACUCAAAGCCCAAACCGGAGAAGCAAGAUUCAAAGAAAAUGCCGCCUCCCAAUCGACAACAGGGUGCCCCUGCACAACCCAAAGAGAAAGAAUCAGGAAAAUUCAGUUUCGCUUUCAAAUCAAAGGCUCCGGCCCCGGCUACGCCUAAGCCAGUGCCCGACCUUGCACAAAGGAUGCGUGAACCCCCUCCAAAGGCGGCAGAGACAACGAAGAACAAACAAUCGAAUGCUCCUCCACCGAGGGAAAAGUCUAGUAAUCGGCUGGAUCGAAGAGAUGACAGACGAGACUCGCGGAGAAACGACCGUCGGGUUGACAAUCGAGGAGAGAGGUAUCGUGAUCGACGGGAUGAACGACGAGUGGAGCCCCGACAUGAGAGACGGCCAGAGCGAUCGCCAGAACGUAAGAAACCGAAGAAAAUCCUGAAGCGAAUGAAGCCACGUCCAACGAUAUCUGAAGAGUUCUCCAAGUCCGACUCUGUCUACUACCGAAAACCCGGAAACGAGUCGGUUAUUGGAGCGGGAACAUACGGCAAGGUGUUCAAGGCCAUUCAUGUUUAUACUAAGAAUAUGGUCGCGCUGAAGAAGAUACGUAUGGAGGGUGAGAAGGAUGGGUUCCCCAUUACGGCCGUUCGUGAGAUUAGACUGCUCCAACAUCUCCGGCAUGAUAAUAUUGUCUGUCUGCAGGAGGUUAUGGUAGAGAAAAACGAAUGCUUCAUGGUGUUCGAGUACUUGUCUCACGAUCUGACUGGCCUCAUCAACCAUCCGACAUUCUCUCUCACAGCUGCCCAUAAGAAACAUCUUGCACGACAAAUGUUCGAUGGUUUAAAUUAUCUGCACCACCGCGGGGUGCUACAUCGAGACAUCAAAGCCGCUAAUAUCCUCAUCAGUAAUCAGGGACAACUGAAAUUUGCUGAUUUCGGCCUCGCGCGAUUCUUCUCUAAGAGCCGGCAGCUAGACUACACCAACCGCGUCAUCACCAUCUGGUACCGCCCACCAGAACUCUUACUAGGAGAAACUCGAUAUGGCCCCGCCGUCGAUAUCUGGAGUGCUGCAUGUGUAUGGGUAGAGAUGUUUACCAAGAAAGCCGUGUUCCCCGGUGAGGGUGGCGAGAUCAGUCAACUUGAGAAGCUAUACAAUUCAUUGGGCACUCCGACCCGCGCUGACUGGCCUGAUAUUGUCGAAAUGCCGUGGUUUGAGCUAUUACGCCCGACAGAGCGGAAACCACGCACCUUUGACGAUGUUUAUAAAAAUAUCCUGUCCCCUGCUGCCUUAGACCUCGUUUCCAAGAUGUUCCAGUAUGAUCCUGUCAGAAGACCCUCUGCUGAGGAGGUCCUCACACACCCAUACUUCACGUCAGAGGAACCAGGGCCCCAGCAGGCUAUUGAGCUCGCAAAUGUCGAAGGCGACUGGCACGAAUUCGAAUCCAAAGCCCACCGCAAGGAAAAGGACAAAGAAGCUCGUCGUGCAGAGCAUCAGCGCGAAAAAGAAAAGCGUAGAGUGAGCGGUGGCGCUGCUCAGAGCAGUGAUGGGCGGGAUACCAAGCGGGCACGCAUAGAGGAAGGUACCUCUUCUCAGCUUCAGUCGCUUGAAAAUUGA